AUGACGCGGGAUGAGAUUGACCAGGAAGAGGUGAGGAAGCAGGUGGCGAAAGAGCAGGCUUCCGCGCCGAAGCUCCUAGCCGGCCUCGCAGUGCUGCAGGUGCGAACGCAGCCGUCCUUUGAAGACUCCAUGACGCGCUUCCUCGAGAAGACCGAGGGGUCCGCGGUUAUCGCCAAGCUUGCAGGGGCCUCGUCCAGGGACGACAAUGUGGGCCUGAAGCCCACGAAUGUUUAUAAGGCCAUCCACCUGAUUCCUCGGCCGUAA